UUCUCUCUCUUAAAAAGGAAAAAGGAAGAGAGACUCUCCUCCUCCAUUCCCUCUCUCUCUCUCUCUCUCCGCCUCUCUCUUUCUCUCUCUAGAAAAAAGGAGAAAUCGAAAUCACUCCAUUCCCCCAAAUCUGAAAAAUGGCGACCCCCCGUGAGGAGAACGUGUACAUGGCGAAGCUCGCCGAGCAGGCGGAGCGCUACGAGGAGAUGGUGGAGUUCAUGGAGAAGGUCGUCGGCGCCAUCGACGGCGACGAGCUCUCCGUCGAGGAGCGAAACCUCCUCUCCGUCGCCUACAAAAAUGUCAUCGGAGCCAGACGCGCCUCCUGGAGGAUCAUCUCCUCGAUCGAGCAGAAGGAGGAGAGCCGCGGCAACGAGAGCCACGUGUCCUCCAUCAAGACCUACAGAUCUAAGAUCGAGACGGAGCUCUCCGGCAUCUGCGACGGCAUUCUCAAGCUCCUCGACUCCAAGCUCAUCGGAUCCGCCGCCGGCGGCGACUCCAAGGUGUUUUACCUGAAGAUGAAGGGCGAUUACCACCGUUAUUUGGCUGAGUUCAAGACCGGCGCUGAGAGGAAGGAGGCCGCCGAGAACACUCUCUCCGCCUACAAGGCUGCUCAGGACAUUGCUAAUGCUGACCUGGCCCCAACUCAUCCAAUUCGUCUUGGCCUGGCACUCAAUUUCUCAGUCUUUUACUAUGAGAUCUUGAAUUCUCCCGACCGUGCUUGCAAUCUUGCCAAACAGGCUUUUGAUGAGGCAAUUGCUGAGCUGGACACUCUUGGAGAGGAAUCGUACAAGGAUAGCACUCUUAUCAUGCAGCUUCUCCGUGACAACCUCACCUUGUGGACCUCCGAUAUGCAGGAUGAUAAUUCGGAGGAAAUCAAAGAAGCAGCCAAGCCGGAUAACGAGUAGUAACAUUUUCGUGUUUUAGGGUUUGGUUGUUUUGCUUUUACUCUAUCUCUACAAUAUUAUUUACUUUUAAGUCAAGAAUUUGCUGCUUCCUUAGCAUGUAGUUACGAUUUUUAGUCUAUCUACUUAUUUGGUGACCUCCGAUUUUAGAUGUCUUUUUAUCUCCCCCAUCUCUUUUCCGAUUUCCCUUGAGACUGAUUGAUGAUUAUGUGUUAAAGUUUCGGUUUAUAAUUGAUAUUUAUUUUUUAUCUUC